AUGGCUGAAAAGGAAAAGUCCCCAGCGGAGAAGAGAGGUCGAGUCAAGAGUGUUCCGCCUUCUGCUGUUCCUGUUCCUUCAACGGCGCUUGUUCCUGUUGCUCAUGACUAUAGAACGGUCCACUUUAUUAGGAAGACCUUUGAAAGUAAAUUUCCAACAAAGUUGCACCCUCAAUCUGCUGGUUAUGAUUUGUACUGUCAAUCCGGAGCGUUACUUAAAGCAGGGGAAAUGAUAUUGAUGGAUAUUGGGAUUCAAGUUAAAUUACCGUUGGGCCAUGUUGGUUUGAUUAAACCAAGGUCUGGGUUAGCGUUCCGGCAUAAAAUUGACGUCAUGGGGGGCGUGGUCGAUGAAGAUUUUGAAGGAACUUUGGGGGUUAUGCUAAUCAACCAUGGGAAACUUCCAUAUCAAGUUGAACUUGGGGAUCGCGUUGCUCAGUUCUUGAUUAUAAAACUCCAUAAUGGACCGUUGAAGAAGUCUACGUUUGAUGAAAUUAUUACCACCACAGCACCUGUAGCUUCUCGGCGUGGAGCCAAAGGAUAUGGCUCCUCUGGAAAAUAA